AUGGCCGACGGAGCCACCACCACCGAGGCAGACGCUCAAAUCACCUUCAAGGUCAAGACAUCCAGCGAGGGCAUGCACUCCAUGACAAUGGCAGAGUCUGCGACUGUCUUGGACCUCAAGACGAAGCUGUCCGGGGACGAGUUUGAGAAAGGAGUAACCGUAGACCGCAUGCGCCUGAUCUACUCCGGUCGAGUGAUGAAAGACCAUGAACCCUUGAGCACAUACAAGAUCAAGGCGGGCAACACGAUACACAUGGUGAAGAGCGCGCAGAGCAACGCUGCACAGAACACGGCAAGCUCUUCGGCGCCUGGCUCGGUCCCUGCUGGCGUCCCGACCAAUAUGGCAGCUGGUACCGCAAACAAUCCCCUUGCGGGGUUGACAGGUGCUCGAUACGCCGGGCAUAUGGCAUUACCGGGGAUGGAGAUGUUUGGCGCCGACGGUGGAAUGGGUGCUCCUCCUAGCGAAGACCAGAUGGCCAGCUUGCUUGACGAUCCAAAUACCCAGCAGAUGAUGAAUGAAGCUCUCCAGAACCCCGCCAUGGUCGACAUGAUGAUCAACCAGAUUCCCGGCCUACGAGACAAUCCCCAAGCCCGCGCCAUGCUCAGCAGCCCCGAGUUUAGACAAAUGAUGACCAACCCCGACGCCCUGAGGCAAGCUGCAGCAAUGAGAAGAAUGAUGGGUGGACAAGGAGGAGCAAACGCCUUCCCCGCGCCCGGAAUCGCAGACACAACCCCCGGUGGAGCCGCUGGUACCACUCCGAGUCAACAGAACCCACCACAACCACCCUUCAACCCCUUCGGUGCGCCAGGGGGAGCAGCCGGCGCGGGGAACCCAUUCGCAAGCCUCUUUGGCGCACCCGGUCAAACACCUCCCGCCUCCGGCUCAGCUGGACAAUCCGCACCCCGAGCACCCUCAACAACCGACCCUGCCGCAAACCCUUUCGCUGCGUUAUUCCCCGGUGCCGGAAUGCAAGGGAUCCCGAAUCCUACGCCAGAGCAGCUGCAACAGAGCUUGCAAAUGCUGCAGGGUGGCGGCUUCGGCAACAUCUUUGGUGGGGCGAACCCUUGGGCUGCUGGAACAGCAGCUCCUAGGACGCCCGUGCCAGCUGAUACGCGACCGCCCGAGGAGAUGUACGCGGAUCAGUUGAGGCAGUUGAACGAUAUGGGGUUCUUUGAUUUUGACCGUAACGUAGCAGCCUUACGACGAAGCGGCGGUAGCGUCCAGGGGGCGAUUGAGCAACUUUUGAGCUAG